GCGACAGAGUAAGAUGGCGCCAGCGGGCCGCGGGGAGCGGCGGACUCCAGCGCGCUUCGUCUACGUGACCCGCUUCGGCUCGCACCAGUGUGGCUGCGUGUUGCAGCUGGGUGGCCCUCGGGUUUCCGGCCGCGGAUGGUCAAGGCCCGAGACCCGCGGCGGCCCAAAGGAACCGCGGGAGGCGGCGGCAGGGUUCCUGAGCGGCGGCGAGCUGCCCGCGGGUCCCGAGCGCAGGGUCCCCGCGGGCCGUGCCGGCAGCUCCCGGCUGCGGGCGUCGAGCGCGCCAGGCCGCCCCGGCCCUGCAGGUGUCAUUCAGAAAGAUGCAGCUAAAAAGUUUGAUUUUCCUAUACCAGUGAAUGAAGCCUCCAAAAUAAUGAAAAAAAGGAAAAAGGUAUCAGUAUGGAACAGUGUAUACAAAGUCAUUUCUAGAAUGCUUGAAGAAAAUGAAAAAUAUAGACUCAGGCUGAAAUGCCAGAAGUUAUCUAGUGAAAACUCAGAUUACACAAGAUGAAUCUCAUGCUCAUCUUUUGAGGCCAAUCUAGCAUGUGACCAUGUUUGACUCCCCUGCUGAAUGGUAUGGCAUCCGGCCAUCACGCUGCUGGAUAGUCCCAGUCUUCUAGGGUGCGAUCAACUGUGUCUUCGUGCAAGGGGCGUGUCUCUCCACAUCCCCAGGGAUCCAAUCACCUCACCUGUCCUUGUAACCCUGCUCCCCUUGACCCUCAUUGGACUGGGAUUUCCUAAAAAUUUAGAUUUCCCCUAAUAAAAGCUCGCUCCAAAAUGUGUUUGCUCU